CGCACAUUUCAUCAUGGCGAGCGUUGCAUCAGCCACGAACGCACCAUCAUCUCAAGAGGAACUUGAGAAUAAUGGUAUGGCUGGCAAUGCCUCUAGCUUUAAGGCCUCAGACACUGUGAUACAGUUAGCACAGACCCAUAAGCCAAAACCUGACCCAAAUGGCCUGGUGUUUGGGACGCUCUUCACUGACCACAUGCUGACCAUUGAGUGGAUUCUUGAGGAAGGCUGGCAGAAGCCACACAUCCAGCCUUUUGGGAACCUGUCCAUACAUCCAGGCUGCUCUGCCCUGCAUUACUCUGUACAGCUUUUUGAGGGUAUGAAGGCGUACCGGGGGCCAGAUAGCAAAGUGCGUCUCUUCAGACCCAUGAUAAACAUGAAGCGGAUGCUGAAGUCCGCCCACAGGGCCUGUCUGCCUAGUUUUGAUGGUGCAGAGUUGUUGGAGUGCAUCAGGAAGUUGGUGGAGGUGGAUCAGGAUUGGGUACCUCACUCAGACUCUGCCAGUUUGUACAUCCGUCCCACCUUCCUGGGCACAGAGCCCACCCUUGGUGUCAAGAAGCCCUCCAAGGCAUUACUGUUCGUCAUCCUCAGUCCUGUGGGCUCAUUCUUCAGCACGGGAGCUAAACCAGUGUCUCUGUGGGCUGACUCCAAAUACAUCAGAGCCUGGAGAGGAGGGACAGGCGACUGCAAGAUGGGAGGGAACUAUGGCGCAUCUAUCUAUGCUCAGUAUAAGGCAGUGGAUUACGGCUGUCAGCAGGUUCUGUGGCUGUACGGGGACGACCAACAGAUCACAGAGGUCGGCACCAUGAACCUUUUCCUCUACUGGAUCAAUGAAAAAGAAGAGGAGGAGCUUGCAACACCACCUCUAGAUGGCAUUAUUCUGCCGGGCGUUACACGGCAAAGCAUCUUAGAACUUGCUCGCAAAUGGGGUGAGUUCAAAGUAUCCGAGCGCUAUUUGACCAUGGCUGACCUGCGGCAGGCUCUGGAGGAAAACCGAGUGAGGGAGAUGUUUGGUUCUGGAACUGCUUGUGUUGUUAGUCCAGUUGGCAGGAUCUUGUAUCAGGGAGAGAAUCUGCAUAUUCCAUGUGAAGGAAGCUUUCCUCCACUUGCCUCCAGACUGCUAAAGGAGCUCACAGAUAUUCAGUAUGGACGGACCCCCAGUGACUGGUCUUACAUCGUAUAAAAGAACCUCACCGAUGUCAACGUACACAAACUCUUCAAGACAUUUAAAACAUGCACAUCGUACAAAAAAAAGCUUUAUUUGUGGGUAUAUGGAAUAAUUACUUGCCACGUUCAUGUAUGUUUUGUUUUGUACAAAGUUUACCAGCUAACUAAAACCUAGUCUAGCAAUAAUAUGUUGCUCUUUAGCAUAUUAAUCCACUGAGAUGCCUCCUCAUAGUCACAGUUUAUUCUAAUCAUCAGAAACCAGCAAAUCACAGUUGGUGACCAACUGCUUUGUUAAAACUAGCUAAAAUUGCUGUUAUAUGAGGUAUAUGAGAUAUUUCCACACUGUAUAGUUAGAUUCAACAUUCAGUGGAACUAUAAAUGUACUUCACUAUUGAUGCUGUUAGUAAUAUGCAAUUACUGUAUCAUUGCACAAGCUCUUUAAACUUAUGGAAGACAUUUAUAGAUAUUUAAGAUAGUAUGUUAUUGUGGUAGAAAUUUAUUUUUUAAAAACGUUUGUAUUUUUUGAUUUAAUUGUUAUAACAUAUUUAACAUUUUGAAAGAACAUGUUAACAUGUUUAACAUCUAAAAAAAUUUUAAUGUUGUAAUGUUUAAUUUUAGCUGAUAAUAGUAGUUAGUAACAGAUGAUUUUU